AUACAGCGCAACAAUGGUUGAAGAAACCAGAACAAGCAGCGAGAGCAAAGGAGAAAAAGAUAAUAAAGAAGAAACGAUGGACAAAGAAGAUGUUGAGAAUGCAGAAACAAGCAAUGAGAGCGAACGAGAAAAAGAUACGGUAGACAAAGAAGAUGGAGAGAAUGAAGAACAAGGCGAUACAACAGACAGUGGUGUGGAACAAGGAAAAGAAAACAAGGAGGUGCAAUAAAUAAGAAAUAGGAAUACAAGCGUUUACUUUCUUUAAACAGAUAUUGUUUUAGGAAUUAUUGAUCCUGAAUCUUUCAAUAGUUUGUAUUUCACUGAUUUCAGAAAUUGACGGGUAUUUAAUUGUUUGUGGACAUGUAUGAAAAGGUGAUGAAAACAAUAUGUUAUUUUAACUAAGUCACUAAGACAUUGUGAACAGGCACUCGAUAAAAACGUUCAAACUGCCUAACAGGUAACACAUGCAUUAAUUUAUCUUAGAUGUCUAUAAAAAUCUUCUUGUUUAUAGAAUGAAAUUGGUGGCAUCAUUAGUACAAUUAGUGAACAAAAAUGCUGGGACAAGUUUAUCAAAAUCGCUUACCAGUUGUUGCAAUCGGUCAAAAGACAUGAACAACCUGCAACUCACGCAUUAAGGUAUAUAAUUUACACUCCUAUUUAAAUGUAUUAUACCAACAAGAUAUGGGAAAUAGAUAUUUAUAAUACAUCCAAUUACUGAUAAAUUUUUGUUAACUCAUUAUAUGGGAUUACCACUCGAUUAUGUGGUGAGUCGAGAAGGAAAUUUAUUUGAAGCACUCAGCACCGAUCCAGAUAGAUUGGCACUAGAUGCAUUUCUUUACGGUAUUGCACACCUGUGUCAUUUGGCGUCUGAGGUUAGAAAUAUUUUAUAUAUCAUAUGAUCUCACUCACAAACCACUUAUUGCAUUAGCCUUGUAUAAUUAAUUUAAUCCAAUGGAUUAUUACAGCACUCAAGACAAACACAACAGUAUCAGGGGAAGAUAUUAUCAAAGAACUGAAAAACUUCAACACUGAAGGUAAUGAUGCUCUUCGUAGAGGAAUAUGUAAGAAACUGUAUGUUUGAAAGUGACUCUUGUGAAGAGUAGUUGCGAAGUGUGGGUUAUCCAACUACCUUAAAAAUAAGAAAACAAUUUCUUUGAUGCUUUGAGCAAAGGCUAUUUGUUCACUAUUUUUCAGGUAGCCGAACUAGCUAUUCUCACGUCGCUACCUACACGAGCGUCCCCCGCUAAAGACUUUCCUGACAAGUCACUUUCACAGUAG